AGCGGCUGUUUGGACUUCUCAGGUGAAGGCUGGGAAGCUGUCCUUUUCCAGGGCCCGUGAAGGCGUCGCGGUUGCUCGACACUUCCGGGUGUGCGGCCCGCGCCGGAAAGUCCCGGAUGUCGCUUCUCUCCCGAGGAGUGUGACCCGGGGAGACCGGAGUCGCAGCCUCUCGCCCGCCCGCUCGCCCGUCGCCGCCAUGGCCCCCGACAGUUGUCCGUUGGUGUGGUCUGAUCGGUGCGUGCUUGUGUGCCCCCUCUUCCUCCCGCGAGCAGUCUCGGCGGAGGCGGUGGGCUUCCUGUCGGCGGUGGGCGUGUUCAUCGCUGCCCUGGCGCUGGUCUUCCUCUUCAUCAACAAGAUGCUGUGCUUCUCCAGAGUGGGCGGAGCUCCGUGUCUGGAGCGGAGCCGGCGCUCCCGGAACCGGCGCUCGCCGGGGCUCCGGCAGGGCCUCGUCAGGAGCCGCGGCGCGGAGGACGACGGCGGCCCAUCUUCCUCGGACAGCGACAACCGGGUGAUGAAGCAGUUCGAGAUCUCGGUGUCGCGGGCGCAAAGUUUGCGCGGGGAGCAGCCGCCCGGAGGCGCCGGGGGACGCCGCCGCGACAAGCCGCCCGGCGCUGGCCUGUCCCACCGCCAAGACGAUUUCCCGCCGGCAGUCACGGAGGCGACCAAUCGACGCGAACUCCCUAAUGAGCCGGAGGAGGGGCCCUCGGCACCGGAGCGGCCUUCGGGGGCGGUCACGCAAGAGAGUCCCGCCCCCUCCGUCGGCCUCCCGCCAAUCACGAGCGUCGCCUCGGAGGACCUGGAGGCGGGGCGCCUGCCAAAUGGCGUGGGCUCCCCCGCGUGGACGUCUCAGGAGCCCCGCCCCAGCGACGCCGCCCCCCCGCCGCCGACCGGCCCGCUCGCUCUGCGCCCCGUCUCCAAGUGCUGUGACCUGCUGGUCUCCCUGCAGUACCGGGCGGCCGGCGAGAAGCUCCUGGUCACCGUGGUGUCGGCGCGAGAUCUUCCCGACCGGCGGCGCAGCGGGGCGGACGCCUGGCAGGUGCACGUGGUCCUCCUGCCGGCCAAGAAGCAGAAACACAAGACUUCGCUCAGGCGGCCGGGCCCGGGUCCCGACGGCGGGCCGGCGGCGGCGGCGGCGCUCGCCUUCGGCCAGACCUUCACCCUGACGCGCGUGGAGGCCUCCCGGCUGGCGGCGUCGGCGCUGCGCUUCCGCAUGUACGCCCUGGAGGGCAGGAUGUCCCGGCGCCGGAUGAUGGGCGAGAAGGUUCUGCCCCUGGCCGGCGUGGACCGGGCCGGAGGAUCCGUCGACGUGCUUCUGGCGCUGGCGCCCGGCGGCGGCGACGUCAUGGUCGCCGGCGCGACGGGCGCUUCUCGUCGCCUUCGCUCCGCGUCGUCGGCGUUCCCGCGGGCUCCCGACUUUUGUUCUCGCCAGAGCGCGGACGACUCGGAGCGCAGCCUGGCCGGCGACGACGCGUCCUCGCUGGCGCGCGGCGCCGACGCCCCCGAGCUCCUGAUGGGCCUGUCCUACAGCGCCGCCACCGGGAGGAUGUCAGUGGAGAUCGUCAAGGGGAGCCGCUUCCGCAACAUGGCCGCCGGCAAACCCCCGGACACGUACGCCCGGCUGACGCUGCUCAACUCGGUGGGGCGGGAGAUCUCCCGCUGCAAGACGUCGCUGCGGCGCGCUCAGCCCAACCCGGUGUACAAGGAGACCUUCGUCUUCCAGGUGGCCCUCUUCCAGCUGUCGGACGUCACGCUCGUGGCCUGCGUGUACGGCCGGCGCGGCCUCAAGCGCAAGGAGAUGAUCGGCUGGGCGGCCCUGGGCCAGAACAGCAGCGGCGAGGAGGAGCGCCUCCACUGGAGGGACAUGAAGGAGGCGCGUGGGACUCAAGUGUGCAGGUGGCACGUCCUGCUGGAGGCCUGACGCCGGCUUUGCUCCGGACGCAAACCGCAACUUUGCUCUCUCACGAGAAUCCAGUUUUUCUUUGUUGUUGUUUUUUUUUUUGAAAGUCGGUAGCAGCCGCGUGUUGUGAUGAAAAUGAAUCCGAAUGAGAUUUUCCUCUGAAUCGCAGGGCCGCUCGAUUCCUUUU